GAUUUUCUCUCUCUCUCUCUCUCUCUCUCGCCUUUACUCUAUGCAGUACCAGUGAACUCUCUCUCUCUCUCUCCACUCUGCAGUCUCCACCAUCAAACUCUCUUCAGUCAUCUUGUACUCUCUCUCUCUCUCUCUCUCUCUCUCUCUCUCUCUCUCUCUAUAAAAGCAAACCCACCAAGCAAAACUAUUCCUCUCACAAACUUUUUCAACCAUGGCUGACCCUUACUCAAAUUUCUUCACUGGUUGGUUCAAGUUCAAUAAUAAUAACCCUCUUCAUCACCAAUCCCCAUCUCUGAAUCCAACCCCAUCAACUCCUCCUCCACAGCUCUCCUACACUCAUCACAACUUGUACACAAAUCCCUUUACUCUAAACCAAAAUCAGACUCCUUCUCCUCACUAUCAAAAUCCACCUCCUUCUCCUCCUCUCAGAGAAGCCCUACCCCUCUUGAGAUUAAGCCCACCAAGGGAUCAUGACAAAGAACAAGAACAAGGUGACGAUGAAGAUCAAGAGCAAAUGAGUUGCACUGACAAAGAUCGUGGGAUGAGUUUGUUUUCGUCUAGUGUUAACAAUGAAGAUGAUGAUGAGACUGUUACUGUUGCACUGCAUAUAGGGUUGCCAAGUCCUAGUGCUGCAGAGAUGGCCUCUGUGUUGUCUUCUUCGUCGGAGAUCACUGAUAAAGAUGGAGACGGCGAUGAAUCUGUGUUCCCUAUGAGUAGACUCAAUAAGGGUCAGUAUUGGAUCCCUACCCCUACACAGAUUUUGAUUGGUCCAACUCAGUUUUCAUGUCCUGUUUGCUGCAAAACAUUCAACAGAUACAACAACAUGCAGAUGCAUAUGUGGGGGCAUGGAUCUCAGUACAGAAAAGGGCCUGAAUCUCUAAGAGGAACUCAACCCACAGGAAUGCUUAGGCUUCCUUGUUACUGCUGUGCUCCUGGUUGCAGAAACAACAUUGAUCACCCAAGAGCCAAGCCACUUAAAGAUUUUAGAACCCUUCAAACACAUUACAGGAGAAAACAUGGAAUCAAGCCUUUCAUGUGUAGAAAAUGUGGUAAAUCUUUCGCAGUGAGGGGAGAUUGGAGAACCCAUGAGAAGAACUGUGGCAAGCUUUGGUAUUGUAUUUGUGGAUCUGAUUUUAAGCACAAGAGAUCACUUAAAGAUCAUAUCAAAGCUUUUGGAAAUGGCCAUGCAGCUUAUGGCAUCGAUGGAUUUGAAGAAGAAGAUGAACCUGCAUCUGAAGUAGAACAAGAUAAUGAAUCCAUGCAGUGAAGUAGAAGAUCAUUAGCAAAAGAAUUAUCUUAAUUUAUUUUUAAUGAUCUUAUAGUGGAAUUCAUAUAUAUAUAGCUCAGGCUUUUGAAGUAAGAACUGUAAAAGCAUCCAUAUUUACUUGGAAAGCCACCUUUCUUUCUUUCUUUCUUUCUUUCUUUCUUUUAGUCUUAUGCGUUAUUAGUUUUCCUUCUUCCUUUUUAGAAUUCUAGGAUUCUAAAAAUAAUUGAUCAUCAUGUUAGGGUAAUUAACUUCUGUAAAUAAAUUUUCUUUUCAACUA